GGUCAGGGCCGAAAACAUGCCGCUUCUAAGCUGAGCUGCAUGCAAUUUUAGGGGGCUGCGCCACCACUACCCCACCCCUGUCCGUGGAUUCCAAGGUGGGGGUUGUAAUCUCAACCAUGGCUGAGGAUUCUGCGGAGGGGGAAGAUGAGGAGGAGGAGGAGGAGGAGGAGGAAGAGGAGGACUACCUUGCAGCAAGCACACAGCACUCCGUUAGCCCCAACAGCCAGGAGCUUUUUGUGACCCAGACGGAAUUACCCUCCCAGCCCUCCCAAGCCAUUAGCCCAGACAGUGAAGCCAUGGAAGCGACCUCUGCUGCACAGUUUUCAAGCCUCCCUACUCCAUCCCAAAGGCUAUCUCAGAUAAGGCGGAAGAAAAAGAAGACGCGAGACGAAAUGUUCUCGGAAAUCAUGGAAGUAACCCGCAAUGAAAGAGCUCAUCUGAAUGAGUAGAAGGACGUAGUAGCAAAGUACAGGAAAGAUGCCAGUGAAUGUAAGGACAGAAGGAACCAACAGGAGGAUAGGAGGGACCAACGUGAAGAUAGGAGAGAUGCUCGAGAUGAGAGGUGGUGGCAGGAAGAUCAGAGGUGUAGGCAGGAAGAUCAGCGGUGGCGGGAUGCAACGCUGGAGCUGCUGCGUGAUCAAACUGAUAUCCUCCGACGUCUGGUGGAGCUUCAGGAAGAGCAGCGGGGUCACAGAGUGCCGCUGCAGCCCCUGUGUAACCACCCUCACCAUGUUCCAUAUCCUCCUCACCCAGAUGUGUAAGAAAGCGUGAGGGAAGGCUUCGUGCACCCGCCCACUCCACCCCCGUGGACAGUCCAACCAAAAGGCUGUCAUUACAUUGAAAUGUGUUUAAUGGCCUUUUCCUUCCCUCCUAUCCUCCUCCCAAACCACACCCAGUAUACCUUGUCA